AACUAUAACUCUACUACCACUGAACCUUGCAACUGGAACCUGACCUGGACCAGGAGACGUAGAGUCAGCGAGUCGGAGUGCCUGAUGUGGAAGCCCACCUUCCUGUCGCACAUGCAUCGCCGCCAUUGACACCUGCGACCUGCUUCCAUCGCCCCUCCCCCCACCCUCCAGCUGAGCGCAUCCCGCCGACAGACAGACAGACCGACAAACAGAGAGCAGACGGCUGGUCGGAGGCGGAGAGAUACAGGAGCCGCCGUUGUGAUGCGUCGGCUGCAAAGUCCAGCUUACCUUUGGCGAUGAGCAGCACCACCACCAAUGCCACUACUGCCCGCUCCACCUCCCAGCCCUCCUCGAGCACCUUGCGACCGCGCACUGCGAGACUGAUCUCCGGACUCGAUGAGGACGAUGCCGCAACCCAGGAACCAGCAUAUAAUCCCAACUCCCUCUUCGGCAGCCGACCAGCGUCCCCCAUACCCGCCGCGCAUCCUCAGCGACUGAGCCCCUAUGCGAGCAAGUACGAUAGCCUGAGUCGUACCUCGAAACCGGCGACGAGUGCAGGACAAAGUAGCAGGGCGGACACAGGCUCGCCGUCACUGGCCGGAUUAUGGGGAAGCUCAUGGACUGCUCUACAAGGCAUCGCGCAGGAUUUCUUAGGCAGUGAUUUGGCAGAGCAGGAAGAUAGAGUCUCACACCGAGUGCGGCGACCGCACGGGAGACUGCACACCUCGAAGCCCAGUGUCAGUGCUCCACCUCCAGAAUGGGGUCCUUCCUCGACAUCGCACCCUCGAUCCGGCGGCAUCGGCGGAGGUACGACGGAGGAGCAGACCGCAGCUCUCCGUGCUCAGAAGCGUCAGGCGAUGCUGACCGGGCAGGAUGCCAGCUACGCAGACACUCUGGGCAAGUUCAAGAGACGAUUGUCAGAUGACCGAACUGCUGCCUCUGCGCCGCCUGGCGAGGGAGAUGACAGGGAUGCAUUGGCAUACAUACAUCAUGUCCAGAAAAGUGACACGCUAGCGGGCAUUACCAUCAGGUACAACAUCUCGGCAAACAUGCUGCGCAAGGCCAAUCGAAUGUGGCCGAAUGACAGCGUCCAGAUGCGCAAGACCUUGUUCCUGCCUGUAGAUGCAUGUGGAGUAAAGGGGAAACCUGCAACUGCCUCUGAGCUGGACUUAAUGGGCUCUGAAAGUGAAGCUCUAUCGACCUUGCAUGCCGAGGAGGUGCCAACGCCUACCGCAGCAAACCAGACGUCGGACGGGCUCAGUUAUAACAGCUUCAACCACGGUAGGGAUCGCACGAAUUCUGCUUCGACACAUACCAGUGCCUCUGCAGUAAGUGCAAGUGCGAACGGCGGAGCGGAGUGGCAGCAUGACUCCUGGGUGCUGUUGCCGAAUAGCACCGCACCAGUUCAAAUCGCACGGCUACCGCGAAGAAUGCUGGGAUAUUUCCCUCUGGCGAGACGGAAGAGCAAUUCUUACUCAGAUCUCGACACGCCGUCCACAUCUCUGGAUCUGCCUCGCUCGAGCGCAGCAGAUGCUCUGAACCCACCAGGAUCCCCGCGAAACCAGCUUGCGGCGCAAAGGCCGCGUCGGAAACUCAGCAACGCCAAUAAUGGCUACUUUCCUUCCUAUCUCACCGGACCUGGCGGCGUUGGCACAAUGGAUAGAAACGUACGUUGUCCAGGGCCCGCACAGGAUAGUUUGAACAAGAUGUGGGCAAAGCACCUACCUGAUGUUGCUCCACCUCGCAACCAGAACGCAUUGUACCAGCCGAGCCUUCCUUUCUACGCCGAUGAAUCCACCCCUCUCGGCUCUGGUGCUGUCACUCCAGCCUAUCCUCACGGGGGCGGCAGUAGUAGUUCUGGUGGGCUACAUUUGCAGGAUAUCGGUGGAUCAAUCGAAUCUUGGGUACGAAGGCUGGCCAGCAAAUCCGUCAUCCCUCCUGGAGGGCGUUCGCCGGAUGCGCGGGCGGCAGCUGGCACGCCUGGAAGAGGCGCUGGAGGGAUUGGUGAUUUGAUUGAAAUGACUAAUGAGUUUGAACUUGGGGGUGACGAUGAGGACGAGGAGGAGGGUCGAGGUCGUCAAGGAAGUGUAGAUCAUGAGCAACUGAGCAGACAUGGCACGACUGCUACGAGCUACUUUGAUAGCAUGGCCGGUGGUGGCGCUGUCAGUAGAGAACGAAGGGGGGCGGGAAAGAGUGGGAAGACAGAGUAGGUAGUGAAGCUCUCAUAUAUCCUGCAAUAGAAGAAGAGUACCUUAGGUAAU